UCGCCGGUAAUCUGCUGUUCGGAAUACUUUUUCCUCUGCUCAGUAUUGCUGGAAGGAAAGUUUUUGGAUGUUUGGCGGUUACAAAAUUUGGAAGUUUUUUAAUUGCUUAUUUGCAAAAUGAAUCAAAUAAUGAAUUUUCUUCGCAUUUUGUUUAUCUGGAUUGUUUGUGUAUCGUUCACUGCUGCCGAGAACGAGCAGCUGAGCCAAGAAGAUCAUGUGCAGCUCACACCGGAAAUCACUCUGACCGGCGAAAAAUAUUCUUGUGAGAGGUGUCUCUCAAAAUCUGGAUAUGUCUAUUACGGAAUUCGUUAUGGGGUAGCUAAAAGGUUCGAGCAUGCCGAAGAAAACCAUGAUUUCUCGUAUUUCUCCAAUCCGGAUCGACCGAAACAAGGCUAUGUAUGCCCUCAACAUGUUACUGCGCUUCCUGGCUUUCCUUUACGUAACUUGACGUUGAACGAAGACUGUUUGUAUUUGGACGUGUACGUGCCAUCGGUUAAACAAAGCACAAAAGACAAAAAGCUUCCCGUUUUAUUCUUCAUCCAUGGUGGCGGUUUCCAAAUCGGCGACAAAGAUUUGUACAAUGCGACCGAGCUAGCAGGAGCAGUCAAUGCAGUGGUCGUCACGAUUAAUUACAGAGUGUUUGCGUUUGGAUUUUUAAGCUCAGGAGACGGAGCAAUCAAAGGUAAUUACGGAAUCGGAGAUGCCAAGGUGGCCUUGAAAUGGGUAAAGAAAAACGUUGCAAAAUUCGGUGGGGAUCCGGAAGCAAUCACCGUUUUUGGAGAAAGCGCGGGAGGUGCGCUGACUUCAGCAGUAUUUCUCGACAAAGAUGUCAGAGAAAGCGUUCGUGCCGGUAUAGCCAUGAGCGGAAGCAUGCUGUCGUCGUGGUCUGUCAAUCGGGCGGCAAAAAUUGGUUAUGAUACAGUUGCCAAAGAACUUGGAUGCCUUAACGCCUCACAGGCGGAAGUCGUCCAGUGCCUUAAGGACGCUCCCAUGGAAAAAUUGCUAAAAGUUACCGAGUUCAUCGGUAAAAAUUUUACAAUGUGGUUUAUGUUUGCUCCUGUAAUCGAUGGCGAACACGUAACGGAGCCUCCUGCUCAAAUGAUCAGCAAACAAAAACAAAGCGAGUCUAAACGGGAGGGCACUUUUAUCACCGGAUUUCUGCGGGAGGAUUCGUCACUAUUGAUGAUGUUGGCCCAACGGGAUCUCUUUCUGCCUAACUCCACUUUUGAUUUCCACGUUGCUAAAAAAAUCGUGACGGACAACGCUCGUCUAAUGCACCCUUGCAACCUUACGGACACGGUGGAACAAAUUCUGCGGUACUAUAAGCUCGCUGAAAAUGACGAUCGCCCCACUACUAUGCGAAAAACUUACCAUAUAGUUACUGACCUCACAUUUGGUUUUCCGGCAAUUCAGGAAGCUCGUGUUUAUGCCAACCGGUCUUUUUCUUCUGAAGUGCAUAACCAGCUAUACCGUAUUUCUUAUGAUCCGAAUUACAACGGUUUAGGAAGUUUUCACGGGUUGGAUUUAAUACUAUUGUUUCAUGGGCCAAUCAAAGUCCUGAUGGCUAAUCACACCGUGGAUAAUGAAAUUAUCGAUAACUUCCGGAAUAUGUUCCAUCAAGUGGCUCACAACGGUCACUUAGAAGGCCCAAAUGCCGGUGCGGGCUAUGUGGAAUUCGGUCAGUCGGGAAAAUGGGAAACCGGUACAGAAGAUUUCAAUGACCUUUCUCAGUUUUGGACAAAACAAAUUGAAAACGCCCGAAGCUGUGCAACACCCCCCCAACUAAAAGAUGCAGCGUCUACAAAGAGUGCGUAACCAUUUUGCAACAACCUCAUAGAGCCAAAUGUUUGGUUGUGGCGACAGAGUCGUCAAACUCGCUACCGCAAGGAACUGUCGUUGUUCAAUUUACUCCAGUCUGAUUCACUCACACAGUUUUGUUAAUAAUUACUACAUGUACAUCUGGCAUCUCAUGAUGUGCUGAAUUACAUAAUAAAAUGAGGCAGUUACUGCAGUUGUACAGA